AUGGCUACUUUGGUCUCAAAGAGAAAGCCAACAACGCCCAAGAAGACAGAGGAUUCGAAGAUCUUAUAUAUUCCUCUCACAAUUUCUCUGUUCUUUGUUCUUUAUCUUUUGUUUUCUUCGUCCAUUAUCAUCUGUUCGAGGAAAGUCAAAGGUUCGAGUUCUGUUCUUAAUAAAGAUGGAGAAAUGGAUUCCCAAAAGAAUGAUACUUUAACCGGAGAGACUGCCGGAGAUAAAGUUUCCAGCGAAGUAGCAAAGCGGUAUGGUGUGAAUCAUAAAUCAUCCAAGAACGAAUCCGAGGAAGAACAAUACAAGUACAUCAAACCUAAGAGUAAAGGAGAGGAAUACGCGUUAAAGGCCGUGAUUAAGUAUCUUCACGUACAAAGAUCUUGGAUAUCAACUAGGGCGAAAAGCAAAAAAUCGAGAUCUUGUGAAGGAAAAGGAGUUUAUGUUUAUGAUUUACCGUCUAAGUUCAACAGAGAUUUAUUGGUAGAUUGCGUCGAUAUGGUCCCUUGGACUAACAUGUGUAAGUUUUUCAAGAAUGAAGGUUUUGGAGAAGCAAUUAAGAAUCUUGGUCACGGUUGGUUUAGGACACACCAGUAUGCUCUUGAACCGAUCUUACACUCUAGGUUUUUGAAGCAUCCUUGUAGGGUUUACAAAGAAAGCCAGGCUAAGAUUUUUUAUGUCCCUUUUUAUGGCGGUUUCGAUGUUUUGAGAUGGCAUUUCAAGAAUGUUUCUGAUGACGUGAAGGAUCGGUUGGGUAUUGAAGUUUUGAAAUGGCUACGUUCGAAGAAAUCUUGGAAUAGUAACGCAGGGAAAGAUCAUGUCUUCGUGCUUGGAAAGAUUUCUUGGGAUUUUAGAAGAAGUAAGCUUCCUUGGGGCUCAAGGUUCCUUGAGUUACAAGAAAUGCAAAAACCUACAAAGCUUCUCAUUGAAAAACAUCCAUGGGAAGUCAUUGCUAUCCCGCAUCCGACAUAUUUCCACCCUAAAACGGACCAUGAUAUCAUCAGCUGGCAGAUCAAAAUGACGAGGAAAACUCGCCGGAAUCUAAUUAGUUUUGCCGGAGGUGCAAGACCCGGUAACCCUAAUAGCAUCCGGUCAACGCUAAUCCAACAAUGCACAUCGUUUUCUGACCAAUGCCGGUUCUUAAACUGUUCCAAUGGAAGUUGUAACAAGCCUGAAAAUGUCAUAAAGCUUUUUCGAGACUCUGAGUUCUGUCUGCAACCAUCAGGAGAUAGUCCAACGAGGAAAUCGGUUUUCGAUUCACUAAUUUCCGGUUGCAUUCCGGUGUUCUUUAAUCCGUACACUGCAUAUUAUCAGUACACGUGGCAUCUUCCGGAGGAUCAUAAGAGAUACUCUGUGUAUAUAAACGAAGAAGAUGUGAAGGGAAAGAGAGUAAAUGUAGUUGAGAAAUUGAUGGCAAAGACUCCAAGGGAAAGAGAGGAUAUGAGAAGUUACAUUGUUCAUCAGCUUUUACCUGGUUUGGUCUAUGGAGACUCUAAUGCUAAGUUUAAAAAGUUUCGAGAUGCUUUUGAUAUUACUUUUGAUAACUUACUUGAGAAAAUCAACAAGUCAGUAUAG